UGAAACCUGAAUUUGUCGUUAUCUUUUAGAUUCUCAACUGUCAUAACGACAUUAAUGAAAUGACGAAAGUACCCCUGAAAUAGGAAAGUAAAAAGACUACCAAAUGCCUUUUCUUCUGUUGCUUCAUCCCAUUCUUUUGUUUGAUGUCUAUGCGAAGUCUUGAUUCCUUCGCCAGUUUCUUCGGCCAUUCUUCUCAAAUCAAAAAUCUUAAAACCAUUAAGAAGAUUCACGCUCAUUUGCUUAGAACCCACUUCCAAUUUUUCUCCCCAAAUCUUCACUCUAAGCUUAUACUAUCCUACUCCCAAAUCAUCCCCAAUUUUGAUGCGCAAAGCUUAAACAGCAUCUUCAAAUGCAUCAUCCCCAGAACUUCUUUAACCUUCAAUGUAAUGAUUUCUGACUUUUCUCGACAUGGGUUUCCUGAUUUUGCGUUAAUGGGGUUCUCUUUCAUGCAUUCUAAUGGGGUUCCUAUUGACACGUAUGCCCUUUGCAGCUCUUUGAAUGGUUGUUCUUUUGUUCAGAAUGUGGUUUAUGGAAAACAAAUUCACGCAUUCGUGGGGAAAUCAGGUUGGUUGUGUAGUGUUUUUGUUGGGAGUGCGAUUGUUGAUAUGUAUGCAAAAAAUUCUUUGAUUUAUGAUGCCGUUGAAGUGUUUGAUGAAAUGCCCAUGAAGAAUACUGUGUGCGCAAAUGCAUUGCUGGCUGGGUAUGGCGAGGCUAGGAUGUGGGUUGAAGGACUUGAAUUGCUACGGAAGAUGCAGGGUCUGGAUUUGAAGUAUGACCAGUUCACUCUGUCUGCUUCUUUACGUGCAUGCGCUGGUUUAUCUGCAAUUGCACUAGGUAAGCAACUGCAUGCUUAUAUACUGCGAACGGUUUAUGAUAUUACAAGUGAUGUUCAUUUGCAAAGCACAUUAGUUGAAAUGUAUGGGAAGAAUGGGAUGGUGGAAAAAGCAUGGAACGUAUUCAACUUUGCAGGACUUGGACACCGAGAAGAUGGGAAAAGGGAUAUUAUAAUGUGGACUUCUAUGCUUAGUGUAUAUGGUAGAAAUGGGUGUUACAAAAGAGUAAUUGAACUGUACAACCAGAUGUUGAUGGAAGGGAUCAAACCAGAUAGAGUGGCUUUUGUGACAGUCAUAUCAGCUUGUGGUCAUACUGGCGAGGUGAAUCUUGGAGUCAAGUAUUUUGACUCCAUGCAGAGUGAUUUUGGGUUGGAACCUGGUCAAGAGCACUACAGUUGUUUGGCUGACUUGCUCUGUAGAGCUGGGGAAUUGGAAAAGGCAUGGAAGCUCGUAAAUGAUAUCAAAAGUCGGGAUUACAAUGUUUCCCUGUGGGGAGCUUUACUCCGUGCUUGCUUGGAACAGGGAAAUAUUAAGUUGGGCAAUUUGGCAGCUCGUAGGGCACUUGAAUUGGAUCCUCAGAAUGCUGGGAUAUUUAUUAUGCUAUCAAAUCUAUAUGCUGGUUUUGGCUUGUGGAAUGAGAUAGAGCAUUUGAGGGAAUUUGUGAGAAAGGAAGGGCUGUAUAAAGAUGUUGGAUGUAGCUGGAUAGAGAUCACAAGUUGAGCACUACUCAAAUAACCUUAUGUAAAAGUUAAAUGGCUCAAGAUGGCAUUGUUUUACGAGGAAAUUGUUUAUUUUGAGGUGCUAUGAUGAAAUGGUUUCAUUGAUCAUAAGAGAGUAGUUUGUAUCAUAGUUAUAACCAGUAUUACUACUCAGUUUUAUGUUAAGUCACAUAAAGGCAGUUCUAAACAUCAAUGAGCAAAAUAAGAAGGUGAAAGUACAAGUCCUCAGAUUAUCCGUGAGGUCUAGGGAUCUUCCUCUACUUAGUUCAGUACUUGUAUAACUCUCCCCACCGCUUUCAUCAUCUACUUUAUAUUUUUUGUAACUACCUUACUCGACGAGUCCUUUUUUUAUGAACAAAGGUGCCUUCCCAGUCAUGUUAACUGACUAGUCAAACACAUUCCCUCCUUUCUUCCUCCUAAAGUACGUAUUCUUUUGGGGGGUUUGCCAAUUUGAGCAUCAAAGUUACCUGCUUCCAUCGCUUUCUUCUUCCCUGUCCUUGCACAUCAUGCUAUCUGUAAUUUUGCAUUUUAACUUUUACCAUGCGACAGGGCAAAUAAUGAGACUGUUAUAACAAUUUUGGCUCGGUUAGAAGACGAUGUGAAAACAACAAAAGAUCAUUGCCAACAAAGAUUAUAUCCCAAGCGAGGUACAGGUAUGAAUUUCUUUUUAGAUAAUUCAUACACCUUGCAGCAUUGACAAUAGGACAGGUUGAAUUUUUCCCUUUCAUUAAUAGCAGUUGUAUUUUUCCACUUUGAGAUCCUAAUGACAUGCACUCCUAACAAAUGUCUGUACCGAUUCAUUUGGGCUGAGCAAAUGGCUGGUCCCUUCAGUCUAAUCCCCUUCUCAGUUCUCAUCCACUGGUAUCACUGCCAAAACCUUUCCUCAUCAAGAUGUUGUCUGCUUGAAGGAGCUUCACAUCUUUGUUGACGUUUUCCUUUGAACAAACAUUUUAAUAAUCCAUAUAUUUUUAGUUUCUCACUUGAUGAUGCUUUUCAGGAAUAUGUAUUAAUUCAUUUACUUAUAUAGAUUUUUUUCAUCAUUGAUCAGACUCAAUUUGUCUCAGUUUUUUCCGUUGACAGAGAGGAUAAAACAAUGGAACUUAUCAUUGAAUUUAUUUUUCUUUUAAAGUUCUUUAUCCCACUAGUUUCCCAAAUGGCUGAAUAAAUCUUAUCGGCUAGGAUAUUCUUAAGAUGAUGUGAUAAUGCUUCUAACGUUCUAAAACGCAAUGCUUCUAACGUUCUAAAACCCUAUUUCUAAGAUGGUCUCCUCGUCAAAGCUAUACUUUAUAAAUUCAAGUUGCUUUGUGCAUUCUCAGCCUUAACAGGGAUCUUCCCUUCCAACAUCCACAAGUUUCACUUCAUAGAUGAAAGAAAGUAUUGGCCUAUUCAUUUUCCGUGGCGGUUUGAUGAGCCUGUUAACCAUUCAUGUGUAAAUUUAAGGUUGAAGAAAUCAAGUGCUAAGAUAUUAUGUGUGACUUGAUAGGUUUUUGGUUUCUAUAGAUUAGAAAGUCGUCGAAGAGAGACAUCUAUAUGUCCAGGCAUCGCAUAGUGCUCUUACCUUCCUGCCUUGCCCAUCUUUCUCCUGAGACACUCGGCAUUCUGUAUCCAGAGGAUGAUAGCCAUGCACAUAGACACAUAUUGGCAACAAUUUUAAGAAAUGGAUAUAUGAAAUACAAUGUCAUUGGUGACAGUUUUCAACUUGUUUUGGUAGGAUGUCUGUAUGAGUUGACAAGCCAGUGGUUACUUGGCUAUAUAUUCAAAUAACAUGAAUAUCCGCGUAGAUCUCAUGGAGAAACCACGUGAGAAGCCAUCCAACCUCAUUGAGUGGAAAAUUGAACCAAAAUGCUUGACGUGUUGCAGUAUACAAGACCCUAGUUGUACAUUAUUAAGGAAUAAGGACUAACUUAACAAUAUAAUAGCGUCAAUGUAGUAAAGAAUUAUUACAAUUGAGAUUGCUAGAACUAGAUUUUCAUUUGCCACCAGAAUUGGAUCAGAUUGGGCAUUGUAGGUCUCACUCCUGACAAGUGAUUCCUUCUUAAUUUUUCAGUUAAAUUUCUUGGGAUAUUAUCUUCAAGGUUAUGAGAAUGGUGGUAAUUUCUAUUAAUUAACAUGACUUUUUGUCACGUGAAAUUAAGUAAGAAACCGCGAGAUAAUGCAACCUUCAAUUGGUGGUACUUCAAGUGCCCAUUUCUUUUCUUUUAUAGAGCUUCAUUAAGAUUAUUCCCUACAAACUAGGAGCAACAUUAACCACUAAGUUUCAUCAUUUAUUUAUCUAUGGUUUGAAAUCUUGCCGUACUUCCCGACGAGCUGCCAAACUUUGUAAAUGCUGUGUAUCUUCGCAUGACCAUUGAGUUGUUUUUCUAAACUAAGUUGAGGAUGAAUUGCACCUACUUUUCCAUUAGUUUAACUACCGUUGCAUAGAAUUACUUUUUGGUGAAAGUGUUGUUUGCACUAGGACCUUUGUGAUUGGCAUUACUUGAUCUUAACUCUUUACCUUCCAUUGUAAAGGCAAGGACCACUCUGUUAUUAUUUCUGUGUUGCUUUCAUGUGUACGAGUUGUUUGAUCUGUUGGACAAGGAACUCUAGGCUUCUUUGUGGGUUCUAUAUGCUCUUAAAUUGCUAUCUGCAAAUAGGUAGAUAAUGUAGCACUAGGAUGUCUUUCAUGUUAAAAUACAUUUUUGUCCUUCCAUUACGAAGAGCUGGUGCUGCAAUAAUUAGUCCUUUGCCUUUAGGAUAUAGCUCCUUUCUAAAGAAUUUUGAUUUCUCCAGUUUACUCAUUUACCAUUAAAUUUGGAGCUUGCAUGGCUAGCUUAAACGUGUGUGACUUUUUGGCUUCUCCUAGUUUCUUUUAGCCUUUUGGCUAUAUUGUGUACUUUUGUAGUUGAAGAUUCUCUAUAGCCUUUCCUUUUAAGAUUUUGACAUUUGGCUUUGUCAUAUGAAAUUAUACUCUUUAGAGGUCUCUUUAUAUAUGUAUAUGAUUUUGUUCUUUUUCUAUUCCUUAAUCAGCCAAGAUUAAUGGAUCGUGUCAAAUAUUGGGGUUCUUUUUCAAAGGAUAAAUUGGGUUUUGAUCUUUCUUGUUUGGUUUGAACAAAUUUAGAAUGUUUUCCGUUCCUAAAUUUAGCAACUUUUUAUGAUCAUCAGAAAGUACUUUAGGUUUCCAAUGGAAUGUUAUUUUGAAUAAAACUCUCAUGUUGCUGUUUCAUAAGUUCAUAGUGAGUUGUAAAAUAUUAUUAUCAAAGCCUUAGACAACUCAAGCCUGGACUAGUAGUGUUCUAAAGGGAACUCAUAUAAUUUUCAAGGGAAAAUUAUGUAAGGUUGUAUCAUUCAUUCCAUCAUUCUAAUUCUAACAGUAUUAUGAAACUUAUCAAUUGAUCAAGCAGACAUGAAACGUAAGCAAUGUUCAAUACAUUUAACUUGCAAAUAGAAACUUUAAUAGGGUACCUUUUGUUUUCUUGUCCAAAGUCCUAACAGCUAAGGUGGCUUUUCGUCGGCCAGAUCUAAAAGUAACAUUUGAAUGUUAUAAUAGAGCAGUGUCUUAGCCCUGCUUGAGUGAAGUGAUAUUAUGUUCAAUUUUACUCUGUUUUCACAGUCAUUGCUAUGCAUUCUUCUUUCUGAAGCAAAGGGACAUUUCAUAUUUAAUUUUUUUUUGAGAGCAAAGUUCUUAGGAUGUCGCAGAAUACCCAUGAUCAGAUUAUUCACAAGCCUUUCUCCAGUACAUGACAUUUAAUGGGGAUGGGACCCUGCGGCCCUGCUUUUGGUUUGGACCUGCAUGUGCAGUCAUGUUCAUUGUGACAUGAUUUUGUAUCAAUCUCGCCCUUGUUUCGCACAUUUGCUUACGAGAUCACAACUAAACUCCCAACCAGAAAACUAAGGCGGCGGCCUGCUGCUGGCUACAUUUUCAACAUGCCAAUGAAACCGGUCAUCUUUACGACAACAUCCCACAUGGAGUUAACCUCUGCUAGCCAGACUAAUGUUUGUUUCAGGGUUCGGACAUUUCAUACCACAGCUUACAAUGCAAUAUUGUAAAGUUUAAAAGUUAGAUUAGAAGUAGUAAGGCAAUGAGGAAAGCAGUGAGGGGAAUACGGUUGCAGUUAUGGUAAAAGUAAAAAGUGGCAGUUUUGAAGUAGUUGAGGUUGAUCUGCCUUACUAUGUUGUCUUCUUCACAAGAAGACUUGGGGACAAGAGUAACAUGGCCUUCCAUGUGCCAAACACAAGGUAUAGUCUCUAUCAAACUCUCAAAAGAAUAUCCCUUUUACCCCAUUGGCUCACCGGGUCACCGCAUUUGGAUGGACCCUUUGCCUUUCACUCUCUCUCUCUACCUCUGAUUUUUCUUCUGUUUUUUCCACCAUUCAAUUUUCUUUUUCUUGCAACAUGAAGGAGUCCCUUUUAGGACAGUGACUCGAUUUCUCUUUUCGUCUCAUCUAUCUUACCCUUUCAUUGUUUUUCUAGUUUAACAUGGUAUCAUAACAAAAGAGCGUAGGAGGUUUAUCAAGUUUAUUGAAACUUGGUUUCUUUUUUCUACUGAUUAUAGUAGUCCGUACAUUGGAUACCGUGAACUCGAAUCAAUAUUUGAGCCACCAUGUUUAUUAGAGCUUUAAAUUUUUGGAUCUAA